CCCGGAAGUAGUUAGUUAUUCUUGUCAGUUUUAUAGCAGUGGAGGGGAUUGCUUAAUGUUUUUUGUUUUAAUAGCGCUAAAACAAGAUCACGUUUAAAUGACAAUAAAUAGUGAUUAAGUGUAGGACAUCCCUAGUGCAUUAGAUUCUCUAUCAAAAUUCAAUUUAAGGCUAGCAUUAUGUCUGCCUGAUUUGUAUUUACAGUAACAACAAUGACAGCCAUCAAGCACGCCCUCCAGAGGGACAUCUUUACGCCCAAUGAUGAGCGUCUCCUCAGCAUCGUCAACGUCUGCAAGGCGGGGAAAAAGAAGAAGAACUGCUUCCUGUGUGCCACAGUCACCACAGAGAGGCCGGUGCAGGUGAGAGUGGUCAAAGUGAAGAAGUCAGACAAAGGGGAUUUCUACAAACGGCAGAUGGCCUGGGAACUGAGGGAUCUGGCUGAAGUGGAUGCAAAAGAUGCCAGUAAGGAGAAUCCAGAGUUUGACCUCCAUUUUGAGAAGGUGUAUCGAUGGGUGGCCAGCAGCACAGCUGAGAAGAAUUCCUUCAUCUCCUGCAUUUGGAAGCUGAACCAGCGUUACCUGCGGAAGAAGGUGGAGUUUGUGAAUGUCAGUUCCCAGCUGCUCGAAGAGCUUCCUAAAGCGGAAGAGUCAGUCCCCAGUGGUGAGAGCCAGAGUGUUGCCGGGGGCGACGAGGAUGCUCUGGAUGACUACCAAGAGCUGAAUGCCCGUGAGGAGCAAGACAUUGAAGGCAUGAUGGAGGUGUGCGAGUAUGCCAUCUCUAACGCAGAGGCCUUUGCUGAGAAACUCUCCAGGGAGCUACAGGUUCUGGAUGGGGCCAACAUCCAGUCCAUCAUGGCAUCUGAGAAGCAGGUGAACAUCCUGAUGCAGCUGCUGGACGAGGCUUUGUCGGAAGUGGACACCAUCGAGGGCAAGCUGAGCAGUUAUGAGGAGAUGCUGCAGAGCGUCAAGGAGCAGAUGGACCAGAUCUCCCAGAGCAACCGCCUCAUUCAGAUCAGCAACACCAACAAUGGCAAGCUGCUGGACGAGAUCCAGUUCCUGGUGAAUUAUAUGGACUUGUCGAAGGGACACAUCAGGGCCCUGCAGGAUGGAGACUUGUCCUCGCCCAAAGGCAUUGAGGCCUGUAUCAAUGCUUCUGAGGCUCUACUGCAGUGCAUGAACGUGGCACUUAGACCAGGUCAUGAGAAACUGAUGGCUGUGAAGCAGCAGCAGCACCUGUUCACUGAGCUCAGAGAUACCUUUGCCCGGCGCCUCACCAAUCACCUCAACAACGUGUUCGUCCACCAGGGCCAUGACCAGAGCUCCACGCUUUCCCAACACACGGCAGAGCUGACCCUGCCUAAACACAGCCCCUUGCACAGGGACCUGCUGAGAUACGCCAAGCUCAUGGAGUGGCUCAAGAACACCCAGAGAGAGAAGUAUGACGGCCUGUCCAGGACCUAUGUUGAUUACAUGACCAGAUUAUAUGAACGAGAAAUAAAAGAUUUCUUUGAGGUGGCGAAGAUCAAAAUGGCGGGCACAACCAAAGAGGGGAAGGGAAAUAAGUUUGCCACGCUUCCACGGAAAGAGAGUGCUCUCAAACAGGAAACGGAAAGCCUGCAUGGCAGCUCUGGGAAGCUGACGGGCUCCACCUCCAGUCUGAAUAAGCUGGCAGUGCAGGGCUCCAGCAGCAGGCGCUCCCAGUCCUCCUCUCUGCUGGACAUGGGCAACAUGUCUGCCUCAGACCUGGAUGUGGCCGACAGGACCAAGUUCGACAAGAUCUUUGAGCAGGUUCUUAGUGAGCUGGAGCCUCUCUGUCUAGCAGAACAAGACUUCAUCAGCAAGUUCUUCAAGCUACAGCAGCACCCCACCCUGGCUCAGGGAGAAGUGGAGUCUGACGGAGGGGUGCCCUCCAGACAGCCCCCUGCAGGGGAACACAGACACUCAAUGUCAUUGACUGAGAAGGACAUGGUGCGAUUGAUGAUGAACAAGAUCUUCCAGAGCAUUGAGACGGAACUCAACAGCCUCAUCGCCCUGGGAGACAAGAUCGACAGCUUCCACUCCCUGUACAUGCUGGUGAAGAUGAGUCACCACGUGUGGACAGCCCAGAAUGUGGACCCCGCUUCCUACCUCAGCACCACCCUCGGCAAUGUGCUGGUCACUGUCAAGAGAAACUUUGACAAGUGCAUUUCUGGUCAGAUCAGACAGAUGGAGGAGGUGAAGAUCUCUAAGAAGAGCAAGGUGGGCAUCCUGCCCUUUGUCACUGGGUUCGAGGAGUUUGCUGAGCUAGCUGAAACCAUCUUCCGUAAUGCAGAGCGCAGAGGGGAUCUGGACAAGGCAUAUGUCAAGCUUAUCAGAGCCGUCUUUAUGAAUGUGGAGAAAGUGGCCAAUGAGAGUCAGAAGACGCCCCGGGACGUGGUGAUGAUGGAGAACUUCCACCACAUCUUCUCCACACAGUCCCGCCUGAAGAUCUCCUGCCUUGAGACAGAGAGGCGAGAGGCCAAACACAAGUACACAGACCAUCUGCAGGCCUACGUCAUCAACUCCCUGGGCCAGCCCCUGGAGAAACUCAAUCACUUCUUUGAGGGAGUGGAGGCACGUGUGGCCCAGGGGGUGCGUGAGGAGGAGGUCAGCUACCAGUUGGCUUUCAAUAAACAGGAGCUGCGUAAAGUUAUCAAGGAGUACCCCGGCAAGGAGGUGAAGAAGGGCCUGGACAACCUGUACAAGAAGGUGGAUAAGCACUUGUGUGAGGAGGAGAGCCUGUUACAGGUGGUGUGGCACUCCAUGCAGGAUGAGUUCAUCCGUCAGUACAAGCACUUUGAAGGCUUGAUUGGCCGUUGCUACCCUGGGUCUGGUAUCACCAUGGAGUUUACCAUUGGAGACAUGUUGGAGUAUUUCUCAAGCAUUGCCCAGUCCCAUUAAUUACAAACAUACAUAUUAUAACUUUACACAUGCUCUCUAUUGCUUCAUAGUGCCACACACAGAAGAACCACUAUUUACUGAAACCAAUCCGUCAUUGCUGUGUGGCCAAUACGAAGUACAUUAAUUGAAAUUGAAUAAAUGGCACUUGAAAUUGUCUGCAGUACUGGUAUGGAUGGGAAUGAAUUAACAGUUGUAAAAAGUUUUGUGUGGUAGCAGGCACAAAAGCCUAGCCGACUAGGUGAAAAUCUGCCGUUGUGCCCUUGAGCAAGGCACUUAAACCCAAUUGCUCCUGUAAGUUGCUUUGGAUAAAAGCAUCUGCUAAAUGACUCCUAUGUAAAUGUGUGUGUGAGUGAGUGAGAUAUUAUUUGCACAGAGAUCACAAUGUUACUGAUUUCUUCUGUCUGUGAUUUUCCUUUGUUAUAACACACAUCGCCUGUACAUGACAAACUCUUCAAAAUUGUGAGGUUGUGGGCCAAAUACAUGUUAGCUUGUAUGACACUACUCAAAAUCUAAAGCCCCCUUCAUCACACUGUCUUGAACUUUGUAUAGUCACAGAAUGUCAGUCUUCUACUGGAAUAUUUUUGUGUGAUUGCAAACCUUUCAACAUAAUGCCAUAUUGCCAAAUAAAUGUAAAAAUGUCAAA